AUGGCGCUGCGUCUACGCCAACUGCAGGUAGUGCAUCGCCACGGCGACCGCACCCCACUGAUCAACAUCGUCAAAGGGAGCGUCAAUGCGCUGGCCGAAGAGGAGGAAGUACUGCUGUGGGGUAGCCAGCUGCCAGCGCCGACGCAGCUUGCGCAACUCCGUUCCAAGUUCAGCGUUCACCUGGGUGGAGAGGCUCAGACGUCAUUCCAACAGAGGCCGUUCGGAUAUUUGACGACUCGGGGCAUCGAUCAAAUGACCAAGCGUGGUGAACGACUGCGAGGAUUCUGUAAGAAAGAGGGCCUGCAAUUGGAUGAAGUGUCACCUGAGCAAGUGCAGAUCUUCAGCAAUGCGUACACACGCACUCAACUGAGUGUACAGGCACUACUGAGUGGAAUGUUGAGAGAUCAACCCCAGCUAAGCCCUCCAGUCAGUGUCCUGCCACCGGAAAAGGACAUCAUCAACACGUACUCGAUUUUCCCGGAGAUCAUGCAGAUGAAAGCAGAUUUGGAAAAAGACGACGCUGAGUUUGCUGCUCGUGAGCACGAGAUGGCUCCGAUCAAGCAGGAGUUGACGAGACUGUUCCCAGCGGUUGACUCGGGCCAGGUCCCUUUCACCUGGUUAACCGCAGCCGACUACUUUGUUUGCCGUCGCGCUCACCAGGUUCCUUACAUUCCUGGCACCGAAUUGCAUGGCGAUGCCACCGAAAGACAUCUUGGUUUCCGUUUCCACCAGUUCUACUCGCAUCGAACGAUUCUGAAGCUUGUGGCCGGACGCUUGAUGCACAACGUGCUUCGUGAGAUGCAAAAGGCUUUGUGGGACCACAGCGAAAGUAAGAAAAUCGUGAUUUACAGCGGACACGACGUGUCUUUGUUGUCGGUCCUUCGAACAAUGGACGCCGAAAUUGCAGAUGACUUCAGCUUUUGGCCUGAGUAUUCUUCUGCCCUCGCACUGGAGUUGCUGGAAGAUGAGGAUGGAAGAUUUUUUGUUCGUGCUCGGCUGAAUGGCGAACUCCUCACAAUGGGUGAAGAAGAAGCCCCAGACGGUCUUUACUCUGCUGACCGCUUCCGUGACAUGGUCUCCGACCACAUUGGAGGUCAUAAAGAUUAG